CAUACAAUGUCGUCUAAAACCAAUUGAUUGUCACACACUAAAGGGAAAGUGAUGUUUGCAUCAAUUUCAUCUCUUUCUUACCUUUUUCUUUCAUAUUCCUCAGACACUGUGAUUGUCUCGUUGACAAAAACAUGUUUACUCAAUGCUUUUCCUUUUAAUCAUUUUUCUCUUCAUUAUUGCUUCAUUCAUUUCAGUAAUUACUUUGAGUUUUUGGGGAUGCAUGAUUAACAGAAAAUGGGGUUCUUCUGCACUUCAUGUAACAUAAAACAUGACAAAAGCCAUGGUUUUCCCUUAACAAGGUUAUGUUUGGGCAAACACGAGAGGAAUAAAAGUGAUCUACAUCACCACUUUACUACCUUUAUUUCUUUUUCACUAUAAAAUGAUUUCUUUCUUCACUUGAAUCAUGAAUGCUCUACUACUGCUUAGCUGUUGGAUGUCAAACACUUUCAUUCUCCCGCUCCCCUUUUCAUAUUUUUUUAUUAUGUCAUAAUAAUAAUAAUCAUUACUACUAUUUUAUUUUACCUGUGUUGUUGUGUUCAUUUCAUUUUUUGGGGAGUUUCUCAUGUAAUGUAAUGUAUGAGUUGGUAUUUGCACGAUAUUGCAGCAGCCUUUUUCUCUUCUUUUAAUAUCUUUUAUCAGUGGAGAUUUUAUGAGAUUAUGCAAGAUUCACAGUGCAAUCUUUCUCAUGAUUACAUUUGAAUGGUUAUGGUGGAAGUGAGGGAAUUCCACACAUUUAUGCCAUCAUCAUACACAGACUUUAAGCUUUAAUCCUCACAUCACAGAGUGGUUUGAAAUAAUUGCUUGCACUUGUCCCACAAAGAGUCACUAUUCAUGUGACUUAAAGGGUUGGAUUGAGAAGAAGAAUGCAGGGUUAAAUAGGAGUACUUUUAGUUUUAAAGGUAGGAAUUGAAAAUUGCUGGUGAGGGUCUGAGGACAAGAAGGCCCAUUCUUUUUGAUUUGUUAAAGUUUGGUUGUUCUGACAAGGUAUAGUAUUGAAUAAGUUAGGCAUCAGGAUGAUCGACAUGGGAACAUAAAUAGGAUUAUCAAACACCUUUGUCUUUACAUUUUCUAUUAGCUAUAAAGCUAACAUCCUCACCAUCAUCUUUCUGUCAACCAAAAUAAAUUGGAUCAACAACACACUUCAAAGGUAAGUUUACUCUCUGCCUGCUACACAAUGCUAAUCUUUCUCUUUCUGUCUUAAUGCCCUUUUUUAGUGCAAAUUGUUUUCAUGAGGUUAAUUUCUUUUCAAUAUCAUUAUUACAAGGUUCUAUCAGGCCAUGCAUACAUGUGCUUGUACCAUUUUUUUCUUUCAAUUUCUUCACCUCAAGUAUUCAUCUUAUCUUGCCUUUUAAGACUUCCCACAAAUGCCUUUAAGUUCUUGUUUUCUGUCAUCCAUGUCUGUAGAUGCAAAAUAAUGCAUUAACUGUUGCAAAGGUUGGAUUGCAGAUCGCAGCCUCAACUAACAGCUCUUGAGAUUUUAGUUUUUGUCUUUAGAGCAUGAGCGAUUUGAACGGUGAAAGAUCAAAGGCAUGGAACAUAUAUCCAUCUUCAAACCCUGGUCCAUCAUCACAGAGAGGAGUUGAUGAGGAAGGUCCAUGGAAAAGCUUAGGGACAUCAAUGAGUGCUAUUUCUUUUGGGUUUGUUGCCACCGCCAUUUUGAUUUCAAUGUUUCUUAUAAUGGCCAUAUUUGAACAUUUGUUCAAACCCACGCCACAAUCUAUGAUGCCACGCUAUCAGGACCACCCAAAACAACCAAAUGCACAACCAGUUCCACCAUGUUAUGCUAAUUCUGAUUUCUCAGUGGUGAUGCCAGGGCACCAAUAUCCUACCUACAUCGCCCAACCUGCUCCUCUCCCUUGUCAAAGGGAAGGGGCUUAUUGGCCUUCUCAUGAACAUCAUUUUGUAUUUAAUUAGUGCAUUUUUUUCUAACCUUCAAUAUCUUAUCACUCAACUUCUCUUCUCUCUGUAUACAGAUACUCAGAGACCACCCACUUGUGUCAAUUUUAUACAUAAAUAUUGUACUUAUAUGCCAAAAUGUGAAGCCAGGUUUCUCCAAGUUUGAUCUACUUCAACUUCAGCAACUAAAGUUGCACCAUAUAAAUGUUUCUUUGUUGUUUUUACUUGCAAUAUUAUCAGUAUCUACUCUUAGUUUUAUGUAAUUGUAGUUUUACUUUCUGGUUUCUGAUUUUCAUAAUUAUAUGUAGAGGUUUUUUUUCUUA